AUGGCGUCGGGAGAUACAAAGACAAGCCUCAAGAAUGCCUACCCCUCUGCCAAGAGGCUGUCCCUGCAGGAGGAGGAGGGAGAGGCUGAGGACUACUGCACCCCUGGUGCCUUCGAGCUGGAGCGCCUCUUCUGGAAGGGCAGUCCCCAGUACACGCACGUCAACGAGGUCUGGCCCAGGCUCUACAUCGGUGAUGAGGCCACAGCACUAGACCGCUAUGGGCUGCAGAAAGCAGGCUUCACGCAUGUGCUGAACGCCGCGCACGGCCGCUGGAAUGUGAACACUGGGCCAGACUACUACCGCGACAUGGCCAUCGAGUACCACGGCGUCGAGGCCGACGACGUGCCCAGCUUCGACCUCAGCGUCUUCUUCCACUCGGCUGCCGCCUUCAUUGAUUCGGCGCUCCGAGACGACCACAGUAAGAUCCUGGUUCACUGUGCCAUGGGCCGAAGCCGGUCAGCAACCCUGGUCCUGGCCUACCUGAUGAUCCACAAGAACAUGACCUUGGUGGAUGCCAUCCAACAAGUGGCUAAGAACCGCUGUGUUCUGCCCAACCGGGGCUUCCUGAAGCAGCUCCGGGAGCUGGACAAGCAGCUGGUGAAGCAGCGGCGACAGGCUGAGCCAGGGGACCAUGAGCUGGGGUGGUAG